UUCAUUUAUGUGAUGAUGGAAUUUGACUUCUAUAACUGUGGAAGUUGCAUAGUUUUAAGCUUUAAUUUAAGCAAGAGGCAUGCUGUUUAUAGUCUUUAUACAAAUUUUAAUUGAGUAUCAACUUUCAUGCAUGUGCAUGGGUCUAAUAGACCCGUACAACAAAAGGGAUACAUGUACCCACAUAACCAUUCACAAUGCAAUGUAUUAUGCUUGGCAACAAUUGGUCUUUGAAAGUGAAUUCUUUCUGAAAAGGAAAAAAAAUAAUAUCUCAGGUGCAUCCAUGUGUAAUGAUAUAACCAUUAUCAUUCUUUCUGAUUGUUCUUGGUACCUUUGGCAGGAAAGGUGUAUCGGGAUAUAGUCGGGAGUGCUUACUAUGUUGCUCCUGAAGUAUUACGUCGUAGAUAUGGAAAGGAAAUUGAUAUUUGGAGUGCAGGAGUUAUAUUGUAUAUCUUACUCAGUGGUGUGCCUCCAUUUUGGGCAGAAACGGAGAAGGGGAUAUUUGAUGCUAUUUUGGAAGGAGAACUUGACUUUGAAAGUGAACCGUGGCCAUCUAUUUCAGACAGUGCCAAGGACCUAGUUCGCAGGAUGUUAACACAAGACCCAAAAAAGCGGAUUACUUCUGCUCAAGUCCUAGAGCAUCCAUGGAUAAGAGAAGGUGGAAGUGCAUCAGACAAGCCACUAGACAGUGCGGUCCUUUCUAGAAUGAAGCAAUUCAGAAGAAUGAACAAACUAAAGCAACUUGCCUUGAAGGUCAUCGCAGAAAAUCUUUCUAAAGAAGAAAUCCAAGGUUUGAAGCAAAUGUUUGCAAACAUUGACACUGACAACAGUGGCACAAUCACCUAUGAUGAACUUAAGACUGGAUUAGCUCGACUCGGAUCAAAGCUCACAGAGGCUGAAGUUCAGCAGCUGAUGGAAGCUGCUGAUGUGGAUGGAAAUGGUACUAUUGACUACAUUGAAUUUAUCACUGCUACAAUGCACAGACACAGGCUUGAAAGAGAUGAACAUCUGUACAAAGCUUUUCAACAUUUUGAUAAGGACAACAGUGGGUAUAUCACAAGCGAUGAGCUAGAAGCUGCCAUGAAAGAAUAUGGAAUGGGUGAUGAUGACACGAUCAAGGAAAUAAUAUCUGAAGUUGACACUGACAAUGAUGGUAAAAUCAACUAUGAGGAGUUCCGUGACAUGAUGAGAAGUGGAACCCAACAAGGGCAACUCUUUUAGAAAUAUAUAUGACUGCACUCACAAAAAUCAGUAGAAAUUUCCCAAACAUAAUGCACAAUGGCUUUAAGAGAUCUUGUAGGUCUUCAUUACAUAACUUUGUCUGGUUUGGUGUUUCAUUUCGAGUAUAACAUAUUGCAUGUAGCUUUUUACUUACAUUUUUUGGUGAAUCUUGUGCCUGAUACAUGACGGAUUUUGAGAGGAGAGAUUUUUUAAGCUAGAAGCUUGCUUAUGUUUUUACUUGUCCUCAAUUCUGGUUUCCCAAAGUGUGAAACUCAAUCCUUGAGCUCACAGCAAUGUUGAUAUUUACUAUGAAUAAAAGUGUGGGGCAUACCAGAAGUUGGCCCAAGAGUAAA